AUGCUCUCAGGCCUGACCAAGGCCCCGGAGUUCAAGUUCAUCAGGGAGAUGCACUACCGUGACAAUUUUACUUCAGUAGACAGUCUCCAGGCGACGGCUACCCGCUUUUUUGUGGAUCAGCAGUCGCGCAACGCGUCGGGCCCCGUGGUCUCGGGCCGAGGGGCUGCGAUGGCGGUCGCGUCCGACACCGACCAGUGCCGCCGAUGCAAGGCGUACGGACACUUUCAGCGCUAUUGUCCCCAACAGGGCCAAAAGAGCCGUCAUGAGCAGAGCACAAAAAGGGAGCAAACAAGCGAGGAAAUGGUGGGAGUCGAUGCUGAGUGCCAGAAGCAAAAGGAGAUCCAGGAAAACAAGCAAAAUGAGCUUGAAGGGUUUGCAGCGAACCUGGCGCUCCUGCAGUCAGCUAGCCAUGCCAACUUUCUGCAACUCUCCAAUAACGGGAGUGCUCACGUGGCGCAAUCUUCUCCGGCGGUGGCGCAACAGGCUCCGUCAGAGCCGACUUCGUUCGGGUUCUCCUUCAACGCCCUCGGAACUUCCUUGGCAGAGGCAACCUCGUCGUCUGCCUCUUCCCAGCCAGCUCCGAACGCGUCUGCCGCCACACAGGCGGCACCGGCAUCUGCCUCACCAACGUCGAGUGCGCAGGACCACCGAUUGCCUUCAGGGUUCUUCGGUGCAUUCAUGGCGACUCAUGCAGAGUUGUCGCUUGCUCCUUUUCGCUCCGACGUAUCGUCCAUCCAGAUGGUUGUGGACAGUGGAGCGACCGACAACUACCUCGACCCUGGGCUUACACCAGGAUUGCGGGCUCACAUGCGCGACGUCGAACGCCUUCGGGUCCCACACACGAUCGUCGCCGCGGGCCAGCAUGUCCUCAAAGGCGUUGCGACGGGGACUAUCUUCGGGGCCGUCACGGACGACAAUGGGAACGACCGGCACGUCUCCUUUCGCGGCAUCUUGGUACCAGGGCUGGGCACCAACCUCUUCUCCGUGACAUUGGCAAUGCUAAAAGGGGUGGCGACGUUGUUUCAUCCGGACAACCCCAGGUUGGAGUCACGGGACGUGGUUUUCCCAAUGCAGACCCUCGGGCUGGACGCCACGACCGGAAAACGCAUCUACUCCAUCGAGGUGAAGCUAGGGGGUGAACCUGGGGGCCCGACGGUACUCGGAGACGCGCCUGAUGCCCUCGCCUUGAAGGUGGAGUCCGCUGAUCUCUGGUUCCGGCGCAUGGGGCACAUCAACGGCAAGACCUUGGACGUUCUUAGGAAAGAACCGGUCAACGGCGUCCACUACACCGGAGACGUGAACGACUGUAGUGUGGAGUCCGCUGAUCUCUGGUUCCGGCGCAUGGGGCACAUCAACGGCAAGACCUUGGACGUUCUUAGGAAAGAACCGGUCAACGGCGUCCACUACACCGGAGACGUGAACGACUGUAGUGUCUGCCCGCUCGGAAAGAGCGCACAACAACCUCACCCAAAGCAGGCCACCUACGGCGUCCUGCGCCCCUUUCAGCACGUUUCCGUCGACACCCUUGGCCCCUUCACCCCUACAGCGUUGGGCGGAUUCAAGUACGCCACCAAGUUCAUGGACCAGCAGACCAAGUGGGCGGAGAUAGUUCUCAUGAAGGACAAGACCUGUUCUGUAGACUCCCUCGCGUUGUUCAACAAAGGGACCGCGUACUGUCAAGACAUCGGCAUCAAGCUGGAGUUCGCCUCUCCGAACACCCCUCAGCAGAUUGGAGCCAACGAGCGUGCGGGUCGGACGAUUUUGAAUGUCGUGCGCUGUCUGCUCGCUGACUCAACUCUACCGAACUUCCUUUGGGGGGAGCUGAUCCAGACGGCAGUCUACCUGAGCAACCGGGUUCCUCAUGCAGCCCUGCAAAACGGGACGCCGUGCAAGGAGCUCUACGAGACGCACACCAGGAAGCUGGAGUACCGUGCUUGGGAAGGACGCCUUGUCGGAUACAGCAUGGGCAGCAAGUCGUACCAGAUCUACAACUCUGAGACGCGACGUGUACGGGUGAGUCGAAAUGUUGUCUUCAUUGAGACACCUCCCGUUGCUCCUGCGUUGGAUGAGGGUGGCUUCGACGACGGGGAGUUCACGUACGACAAUCACGACGACAUGGGACGGCCCCUUUGGUUCACGGAAUACGCGUACGCUAUGGGGGCGUCCCAACCGGAUGUUUCACGAAAGAUUGACGCGGCAAGGGCCAUGCCGGACGGAGAACAGUGGGACGCAGCUGCAGAGAUUGCGAGUCUCAAGGAACGUCAAGUUUACAAGCUCGUCCCGCGCACGGCAUUUCCCCCAGGGAGGAAGCGGAUAAAGUCCAAAUGGGUGUUCAAGCGUAAGACAGGCGGCUCCUUCAAGGGGCGUCUAGUGGCGCAAGGCUGGAACCAAGUGCCUGGACUGGACGGCGGCAGCACUUACGCUCCGGUGUGCAGGUUACAGCGCAUUCGGAUGUUAGCGUGCAUAGCCGAGCAGUUCAACCUGCAGUUGGAUCAAAUGGACGUGUCCACAGCCUUCCCCUACGCUGACAUCCUCGAGAACGUGUUCGUCGAACAGCCACCUGGCUUCGAGGUCAAGGACAAGGAUGGAGGUGAUCUAGUGAUGCAGCUACAGAAGAGCCUCUACAGGCUGGCCAAAAACCCCAGCAAUUGGUUCCACACCGUCGACCCUUCCCUUGUUGAAAUAGGUUUCGUUCCGCUCAAGUCUGACACUGCAUCUACCUCCGGUAACAACUCCAACGCCAUCUCGAUGAUCAAAAAGAAGUUGAGACAAAGGUUCAAGAUGACAGACAUGGCAGAGGUGAAGCUUGUCUUGGGCAUGGAAAUUAAGAGGGACCGCAUUCAAGGUACCCUGACGAUUGCCCAGGAAGCGUAUUCCAAGUCUGUCUAUCUCAGAGAGGGCAUCAUGGGGUGCCUGAUGUACAUCGCUCAAGUGCUCCGCUACGACAUCAUGCACGCUACGGGCCCGCCCAAUGGCGAAACCCAGCAAGGGUCUACCAUGGAGGCAGAGCUGAUUGCAUCGGCACUAGCCAUGAAGGAAGCAGUGUUCUGUUCUAACAUGCUAACUGAGCUAGGGUUCGGUAAGGAGUUUGCGCAAGUGCCGCUGUACUGCGACAACACGGCGACGCUUCACGCGCUGGAAAACCGCUCCUUCAGCUCGAGGACAAAACACAUCGCACUUCGCUUCUUGUACAUCCGAGAGCUAGUAUCGGAAGGACGGAUAUCGAUCCAUUACAUCCCGAUAGAAGCAACCCUGCCGACAUCGGGACAAAGCAUCUUAACAAGAAUCGGCUCAAACACCUGCUGGACAUCAUCAGCAGUUUCAACGUCAACGACUUCAUCAGCAACAAGUUCAAGGGUUGUUCGCGCACUCACUCUCCUCCACCCGUCUCCCGACACGUACCGAUGCAGGAGGAAGCCCGCGGAUACCGCGCCUGCCACGUCUCCCACCGGCAGGGGUCGAACACGCGGCAAGUCCCCAAGCCCGAGUCACCGCCGGGCCAACAAUGAAUACGAAGAGCGCUAA